GCAACGCAAGCUUUGAAGAAAAACAGUGUUCCCCUUGAAGCAAAAAAGAUUAAGCAAAAUUGACGCAAAGCAUACCGCGUAAAACAUACAUCUCCAGUAAACCAAACUGAGAAAAAGCUUUUUCAACCAUCCGUACGAAAGUGUUUCAACUACUGAGAUAAGAUAACAUGGCAACAACUUUGGAUGUUCAGCAUGAGAGGGCCUACCAAAAGCAGGAGGGAGCGAGUUUUUUCAACUCCAAGAAAAUAAAGAAGGGCUCCAAGAGCUACACGAGGUAUUGGAAAAAGGUCGGCUUAGGAUUCGCCACCCCGAAGGAGGCCAAGGAGGGCGUGUACGUGGACAAAAAGUGCCCCUUCACCGGAAAUGUUUCCAUCAGAGGGCGCAUAUUAAAGGGUAUGGUAAUUUCGAGCAAAAUGAAGAGAACAAUUAUUAUAAGAAGAAAUUACCUACAUUACGUAAAAAAGUACAACCGAUUUGAAAAGAGACAUAAGAACAUCCCAUGCCACUGCUCUCCAUGUUUCGACGUGAAGGAAGGAGACAUCGUCACCGUCGGACAGUGCAGACCCUUGUCCAAAACCGUACGAUUCAACGUGUUGCAUGUUGAGAAGCACCAAAUCUUUGGAAGUGCCAGAAAACAAUUUGUUCUGUUUUAACCACACGGAGUGUAGUGCUUACGAAUGUAUACCUACAUGUGCGAAUGCGUAAAAAUUGCACAUUCUAUAUUUCCUGUGCACACGGUAUGAAACGUUUUAUGAAAUGAUUGCAGAGGGUUUCCCCCUUUUUUUUUUUUUUUUUUUUUUUCCCCAUUUAAAGAAAAACUAAUUGAAAGGCUAGUAAGCAUAUAAGUAU